GGCGCGCGGCCGCGGCGGGGGACGUGCACGCGCACAGGCGCCACUCCCGCUGGCGGAUGGCGGUCGGUGGGUCGGCGCGGCUUCUACGGCGAGCGCUGGCGCUGAUGUGGAGUUGCUGCCUCGCCGCCGUCUAUCCCGCCGGCCCCGGCGUCAACGUCUACCUGAGCGUGGAGGAGAUGCGGAGGCUGAUCAGUCUUGAUGCGGAGUUGUAUUAUGUGCGGAAUGAUGUUGUUAGCCACUUCGCACUCCCUUUUAAAUUGCUUGUACCAGGGGAGACCAACAGUCUUCACUUUACUUGGCAUGCCAAGUCCAAGGUUGAAUACAAAUUGGGUUUUCAGGUGGAUGACCCAGCAGCCAUGGACAUGCCUCAAGCUAACAUUUCUGUACAAGGAGAGGUUCCACGCACUGUAUCAGUAUUUAGAGUGGAUCUUUUAUGCACGGGAAAUUUUGAUUCGGAGGUCACAAUGGAAAUACAGCUUAACCUAACUAUUAACUCUGCAAAGAACAUCACAGUUCUAAACUUCAAAAGGAGGAAAAUGUGCUACAAAAGACCUGAACAGGAAGAAAAAAAAACCAUUUACCCAGGCAGAAACAAUAGCAAAAGUGGAAGAGCUGCAUUUGAUGCAGUACACAUAGCUCCCACUACCUCCACCCGUGUAUUCUACAUCAGUGUUGGAGUUUGCUGCGCAGUAAUAUUCUUGGUGGCAAUAAUAUUAGCUGUUCUCCACCUGCACAGUAUGAAAAGAGUGGAAAUUGAUGAAAGCAUGAGUGAGAGUGGAAGCACCCAGGGCCUGUCGCAGCCCUCCACACAGACCACCCAGUAUUUGCGAGCAGAUACACCCAACAAUGCAACACCUGUCACUAGAAGUGAUUUGAAGGAACUUUCUGGGUGUAAUCCUGAAGAAGAAAGACAAAAUGGUAUCACCCAAGUUUCCAAAAAGUCAGGUUACCCUACACUUCGGAUAGAAAAGAAUGAUCUCAAAAGUGUCACAUUAGCAGAGGCAAAAGCUAAAGUGAAGGACAUAGCUAUCUCCAGAGAGAGGGUCACUCUCAAAGAAGUUCUUCAAGAAGGUACAUUUGGUCGUAUCUUUCUUGGGAUUUUAAUUGAUGAGAAAGAUCCAAGUAAAGAAAAAUAUGUAUUUACUAAAGCAGUAAAAGACCAUGCUUCAGAGGUACAAGUAACUAUGAUGUUGACAGAGAGCUGCAAACUGCGGGGACUCCAUCACAGAAACCUUCUGCCCAUCAAUCAUGUUUGCAUAGAGGAUGGUGAGAGGCCCAUGGUACUGCUCCCUUACAUGAACUGGGGUAAUCUAAAGCUCUUCCUUCGACAAUGCAAACUUGCCGAAGCCAACAAUCCACAGGCAAUAUCACAGCAAGACCUUGUUCAUAUGGCCAUUCAGAUUGCCUGUGGGAUGAGUUACUUGGCAAGGAGAGAGGUUAUCCAUAAAGACCUUGCAACAAGAAAUUGUGUCAUUGAUGAUGGCCUUCAGGUAAAGAUUGCAGACAAUGCUCUCUCCAGGGAUCUCUUCCCCAUGGACUAUCAUUGCUUAGGGGACAAUGAAAACAGACCUGUUCGAUGGAUGGCAUUGGAAAGCCUUGUCAACAAUGAGUUUUCAAGUGCUAGUGAUGUGUGGGCAUUUGGCGUUACACUGUGGGAAUUAAUGACUCUGGGACAGACACCAUAUGUUGAUAUUGAUCCUUUUGAGAUGGCUGUUUAUCUAAAGGAUGGAUACAGAAUAGCCCAGCCAAUCAACUGCCCAGAUGAAUUAUUUGCAGUGAUGGCCUGCUGCUGGGCCUUGGAUCGGGAGGAGAGGCCAAAAUUUCAGCAGCUGGUGCAGUGCCUCACUGAAUUUCACGCAGCCCUAGGUGCCUACGUCUGAAAUCUUCAACACUAAAUGCUGGUUCAAUAAUGGAAAUAAAGGAAAAUAGAGGAGACAUUUCUUAUUAAAGUGUGCCUUCAAAUGCUUUCAUCAUUUGUUUUGUAAACUAUCCAGAUAAUGCGAGUUCUCAUCUGUACUAGCAACAGCAGUGUGUUCACUUGAAUGAGAACGUGAUUGAAAUUCCUGGUGCAUCCACUUGUAAAGGAUUGUUAAGGGCAGAUAUCAGGGAAGCAUUACACUGCAUUCCUUGGCUUCUAUUGCCUUAUUUCUUUAGGAGGCAGGAUGUUGAAGACUGAAAAAUAUUUUGUUGAGUCUUUUGAAUGUCUACUUAUUUUUGGUACUACCAAAGUGUUGCUGAAGUUGUGAAUAAUUUGUCAAAUAUUUCACCGUUGCGGCGAAGCUGUUAUCUAUUCUCUAGAAUCCAGAUUCAUACCUGUGUCUGGUGAAGUCUGAAGCCUCCAUGCACCUCCAGUUAUGUUAAUUUUGUGCAGCAGUCUUGAGUUUUGAAUGGUUGAGGUACUUGCUUGCAAUGGGAAAUGAAGCUUCUGCCUUUGCCUCAAAACUAGGUACGUGGGGAGUUAUUUUGCAUUUUAGCACUUCCUGCCACAGUAAUUUAUCCUCUUAUGUUCAAACUAUUAUUGCAUGGAAACCUAACAACAUACCGUCAGCCUUUUUUUUUCGGUACAAGAUGGUUGGGAUCACGAGGUUCAAAACCUUGCUUUGUAAAUCCAAACUUUGUAUAUAUUUUUUAAAUUCAAUUGUUUACUAUUUCUAGUUGCCAACGAAUGUUCAUCUUUGUAUAAUGUACAAUGCAGAGGAUGUGAUUAAAAGAGAGAAAUCCUACAUA